AUGAAUAAUCCACCAAAAUGGAUGUUAAUAGAGAAUGUUAAGGGAUUUGAGGCAAAGAAGAAACCACUUGCAUUCAAAAACCUCGUCGAUGCGCGCAAGAUUUUAUUUUAUAUACCUUGUUCAUCUUACGAUCAACCUUUUGUAGACACUAAAGAUGUCAUCGCAGAGUUGACAACUAGUAUGAAAAUUAAAUCCAUAAAAGACUAUUUACGGAAUGAUGUUGAUUUAAAUGAAGAUAAGCGAUAUCUUGUUCCUGACAAAGCAUCGCAAGUCUUUAACCAAAUAUCUCAAAAAGCAAACUCAUUUCCCAUCCCGUUCCCAACAUUAUCAUCAACCCAGGAAAUUCUCACAAUAUUGGCUACGUUAAAACUUCGUUAUUUUACUGAAUACGAAAUUUCUUCGAUUAUGGGGUUCCCCGAAGAGUUCUCAUUUCCUCCCGAAGUUUCUUUAAAACAAAGGUACAAAGUACUGGGAAAUAGUAUUAACGUAAAAGUUGUGGCAGAAUUAAUAAAAUAUUUACUUUUGGAUAAGGAAUGA